AUGCUUUUGCACCUAAUGAAAUGCAGGCCGCCUACAUGUAAGGGUAUUGCGGGCGGCUGGGCCAUGUUGGCCGAGGCCAGCCAGCUACCCGGCUUCCCUCGCGAGAUCCGUCACGUCGUACAGUCCACCUACCCCCGACCUGCCAACAUGAGGAGCGGCCUGGACCCGCUGCUCCAGCGGUUGCUCGUUCAUAAGCCCCAUUUGGCGGAGUGUGUGGUAGGACCCGUGUUGGGGGCCCUAGGGUGCGGCGACUACCGGGGACUCGGGCUCCGGAACCAGGACAAGGAGAGGGACAAAGACAGGGGCGAGGGCACGUUGAAACCACGUUUGGCCAGCGAACCGGCAAGCGCGGCGCUACAGCCGUCGCAGCAGCACCUAGAAGGAGAGGUGGCGGAGGCGGGGACAUGGCGGAGUGCCGCCGAGAGGUCGGCGGUGGCGGCGGCGGCUGGCGCGCUCACGGAAGGUGGCGUAGGCGGCGUCGCCGCCGCCUUGCCGUACGACCGGCGCUUGCUUCCUAUUUCCUGGAUUUUACAAUGUCUGGGGGAGGUUUCGGAGCCGCUGUGUUGCUUGUGGCCGCUUCAUCGGCAAGAGGAGCUCAGGGCGCAUGUGCUUGUAGCAGCGGUAAACUACACCGGGGUUAUCGGGGAGGGAGGACGCCAACGGUUCAUCCCUGAUCUUCCAACGCAGACGAGGUCCUUUGCCGAGCAGCACCGCUAUAGCCCCGACGACAGCGAUGACAGCAGCCGUGUGUUGUACAUUCCCGGCAGCCCUGUCGUACGGUUCGUACGAGAUUGCCUAGCUGCAACGCCGCUGUACGCGCGGCUGCGGCUUUUGGAGGAUGCCAUGAAGUUGGCGGCGCCGCCACCGCGAGCGCCGCCGCGACGCAACCCCCUGGCGGCGGCGACGGCGACGGCUGCUGCCAUUUCACCUGCACCUGACGGCACCGCUGACGAUCUGGAUUUUAUGGAUUUGGACGUGGAUCCUGCCGUGGCGGUGACGACGGCGGGAGAAGGAGGAGAAGCUGUCGGCGGCCUUUCACCUGGCGGGGAGCCGGAGCUCCGGCGGCGGCGCUUCCUGGCGCUACAGCUUCCAGUCGCAGUCGACGUCGGUGGCGGCCGUAAUGCCUUCUUGCAGGACCAGCGGCAGCAGCAACCGCCACAGCAACCAUUGCCGUGGGUUGCACUGCUGGCACAUGUGUACGAAGACGAGGAGGCAGCGGCAACGGCAGCUGGGAGGGCUGGUGGUGGUGGCGGUGGAGGAGGAGGAGGAAAACACAAGGCCAGUGACCCACGGGUCAUGGACCGCCUGACGCUCUGCGAGCUGCUCCUGGCGCGAGGUGACAAUUACCGAUCUUCAUCCCCUGAGGGACCCGCAGUAGGCACUACCCGCAGUGACUUGUUCAGUCCUGCUGAUGUGGCCGCAGUGGCCCCCUCCCUGCUGCGAUGUCUGGCCCCCCUGGAGCCACCGCAGUCGGCGGAGCUGCUCACACAAGUACUGGCAUGUCCAGCGUCGGCACCAACUGAUACAACGGUAACCGAAAAAGCAACCGUAUCCGCAAUAGGCGCCGGUGUGCCAGCUUGGCAGCACGGCGGUGGCGGCGGCGGCGGCGGCCUGGCGGCGGCGCUGGCGGUCCUUCGGCGGCCGCCAGUUCUGCGGCGUGAGCUCAGCGGCGGCGCGGCAGCGGCACCGGUGACGUCGACGGCGAGGGCGCCGGCGCUCGUCUUCUGCGCCUCGAUGAAAGCCGCGCAACAUCAACAACAUCAACAACAGCAGCCACGUCAACAACGGGGGAAAAAACGUGGCCGGCAGGGCGGCAUCAAAGCGGCGGCUGCGGCAGCCGAAGCUGUCACGUCCGGAGCAGCAUCUCUCGAGCCCAGGGCCGAGGCCGAGCCCCCGCCGGCGCCGCUGACGGCGCUGUGGCUGCUGUCCCGCGUGGAGGAGGUGGAGGAGGAGGAGGAGCGGGUGGCAGCGGAGCCUUGUGCCAGUGGGGCAGUGGACAACGGUCGAGAGCACUUGCAGCCCCAGCUGCUGCUACCUGAGGACCAGCCCGAGGAGCUGUCCGUGGCGGCCAAGGUGCUGGCGCUGCAGAUACGCAGGCUGGAAGCAACCCAGGAGGAGGAGGCGACUGGAGCGGGAGCUGCCGUCUCCGGCGGCGGCGGCGGCGGCGGCGGCGGCGGCCGAGGAGACCGACGCGGUGGUGGCAUGGCGACGCGGCGUCUCGCGGCGUUGAUGUGCGGCGCAUUCGGGUUAGGUGGCGGCGCAUCUGGCGGUGUCGCUUGCGUUAGCGGUGGCGGUGGCGGAGGCGCUGUACAGGACGGUGAGCGCCUUCGUGAGAUGGUGGGGCAGCUGUCGGCGUACGACAAGGUGUACGACAAGGCAGUAGUGCAGCCUGUCAUGCAGGACCACCCUGUUAUCUGGCCAGCCAUGCGGCCUCUACUGGCGCUCCUCGACCAUCUGCCGUACGGCAACCCCGUGGUAACUGCCGUACACACUUUACUUUGGGCGGCGCUGCAGCAACGGGGACAAGCAGUUACAUCGGCAGCGGCGGCGGCGGCGGCGAUGGACAACCCUGUCUCUGGUCCUGGGAGCCCACCAUCAGAGCAGCUGUCUGGAAAAAGUGAACUGGAAAGGGAGUCAAGUCCGGCAGCGGCGGGGGGACCCCCGUCGACUGUAGCGGCGGAAGGGAAUGUCGUACACGUGGUGGAUGGGGCCGCGGCGGCGGCUGAGGAGCUUUUGGACCUCCUCGUAGCGGACGCCGCCGCCACAUCUUCGGGAGCCGGCGGCAGUAGCGGCGGCGGCGGCGGCUCGCUGAAGCUGUCGUCAUCGCCGCCAGUGGCGCCGCCGGACGCGGCAGCAGCGAGCGCCAUACGCCUUGGUGCCUCUGCCAAGCUGGAUGUCCUGCGGUUAGUGGUCCUGGCGGCGGAGGCGGCUGGCGCAGCUGCGUCAGCUGCCACGGCGUCAGCAGUGGCGGACUGCCUUGUACGGCUGCUGCGGCGGUCGGCGGCUGCUGCCGCGGCUCUGCGGCCAUUCUUGUCGGAGGGCACUGAUGCGGGUCGCGGUAUUGGUGGUAUUGGGGUGAUGCGGGGCGGCGGUGGCGGUGGCGGUGGCGGGUUACAUGUUGCAGUGAUAACAGCUCGCCGCGUCAUUUUGAAGUCGCUUCAACCCGCUAUGACACGUACACAUCGCGCGACCAAGUCGCAGCUUUUUGGAGCCUUAGCCCAAUUAGCAUAUCAAGAGCUGGUAGACGAAGCUGAUGGAAAUGCUUCAUUUGUGUUACAAGACGUAAUAAACCAGGACCUAAAGAAAAUAGGCAAAGCGGCGCUGCCUGACGACGUAAAUCGCACGUCAACGACUCUUAAAGGCCCAUUGGUGCUCCAGAUCAGCUCAGUUACCGAUGUCUCCCGACCGGCUUCUCGAGAAUGUGCGGCUGGAAGUGGCGCCGAUAGGCUGCUUUGCGUGCGGCUCACGGACGGGAAGCUUUCCUGCAAGGCGCUCGAGUAUCAGCGAGUUGACCAGCUCAGCGAGAACCUACCGCCGGGCACCAAAGUGCUGCUCAGCAACGCAACCGUCAAAAACGGCGUCGUGCUCUUGAACCCCAAGAGCAUCAAGGUAUUGGGAGGCCGAGUGGACCACCUAGCUGAGGCCUGGGAGACCCAGCGGCGGUACGGCGGAGUGGAGCGACCCAAGGCUUCCGGACCGGGCGACGACGGGGAGAUGGCGCCGCCUUUCCGACACUUCGUCCCAGGCCGAGAUGACAAGGCAGCAAAGCUCAGCGGUAGAUCCGCCGCAGCCGCCCCCAAGCCGCCGCAGCCCACUGCUGCCUUCUCCCCACCGUCCCAGGGGACCGCAGGCAAGGGCCUGGAGGCGGCGGUGGCGGCGGCAGGGUCGGCGGGAGCCAGCCCAGUGGAUAAGGAUAAGGGCCAGGAGGGUGGUGGGGGUCGUGCCCCUGUGUCUGUUGCCCCCGUGGGGCCCCUAUUCUCGGGAGGUGCCCCAGCCAGUGAAGCGGCCAGACGUAAGCUUCAGGAUCAACUGGAGGCGAGGGAGGCCCAGUCAGGUCGUUUCGGACGCUUCGGCGGCCGGGGUGGCGGCCGCGGCGGCGGCUUCCGCCGGGGCCGUCGUCGUGGUGGCGACGACGACGACGACGGCGGCGGUUCGAUGACGUUGGAGGAGUGGGAGGCGAUGAAGGCGGCCAAGGCGGCUUCAGCUGGGGCAGGUCCCAGGGCAGUUAGCCAGAUGGAGGCGGACGAGGCCCUGGCUAGGCAACUGCAGAGUCGAGACCUGGACAGGGAAGGGCCGGCAGCUACGGCGGCAGGGACUAUGGUGAUGAUGGCGGCAGCAGCGGCUGUGGACGUGGCCGUAGUGCCGGCGGCCGUGGUGGUGGGAGAGGAACCCUGGUACAAGGGACGCAGGACAGGGACCGGGAACAAGGUCGCUAUGAUAGUGGUGCCGCCGGCUGGAGAGCUGGGGGAGCUGCACGGGACCAUGGAGCCAUCGGCGGAUGGUUUGCUGAAUCCAGGGGUGAGGGAGAGGCGGCGGGGCAACGCCAGAUGGAAGGUCCUUCCAUCUUUGGACGCCGAGGAGGAGCUGAUGCUGGCGGCGGGGGCAGGGUUAGGGAGAGUGGUAGGGUUAGGGGUGGUGGCGGGAGAUUUGACGGGUCGCGGAGUGGGGGUACCAAGGGUGCUGGGCAGGGUGAUCGUGGCGGCGGUCGCAAUGGAGAUGGUGGAGAUAUUUCUGAAGAAAGACCAGGGCGAGGACAGGAGUCCGGAACGGGGCGCGGACCAGGAAGGGUUCGGGGACCUCAAUUCGAGCGAGACAGUGCAGGACGCGGGAGGGCGAAUGGUGGCGGAGGGGCUGGUGGUGGGGAGGCGACCAUUGGGGCGCCAGGUGCACGUGAGAGCAGGGGUCAAAGUGGUAGCGGUAACAGCGCUAGCAGCGCAUGGGCAACUGCAGCCGCGGCCGGUUUCAGCCGCGUCAUACGGCAGGGAUCCGACAGCAAGCACGUUUGAGGACGACAACGGCGACGGUAGCGAUUACUAUGGUGAAGGCGGGGACGGUUUCGGAGGCGACGGUGGCAGGGGAGUUCGUGGGCGGGCGAGGCGAGGCGGGCGGGGUUGGCGGGGUGGAAGGCAUUCCUGA